AUGAUCCCAUUGGGCAUGCUCAAGUAUGUUAACGCAUACUUUGGAAUCUUUCUUACUGGCGCUGGGAUAAAUGGCCUUCUUAAUCCAACACACAUGGGGCAGCUCUUUGGAGUGAAGGAGGUCAGCAAUGAGAUGGCUGUCUUCGUCCCCGCUUUUGGUGGUCGAACCUUAGCAGCUGGAGUUGCUCUGUGGUGGAUGAUUUUGGCCGGCCAUCACAGGGCAAUCGGCAUAUUCAUGACGAGCUGGGCUAUUGCAGGGAUCGCAGACACAUACUUAUUGCUAUCGUAUAAAGGCGAGGUCGACUCAGUCUGGAUACACAUCAUCAAUACAUGUAUCCUCAUUGCCGGUGGAAUUUCGCAGCUACAGUUGUAA